AUGAGAGAGGAAGCUAGCAAGGGUGGGGAGGGUGUGGGAGUGGAAGUGGCUAUUUGUAACACUGCUGAAGAUACAUUCGGGUAUUUUUCACCCCACCACACAGUCGCCGGGUUAAAGCUAGUUCUUCAGGUCUACGUGUGGCAUAUCAGAAAGAUUCCUCUUUCAGGAAGAUACCUCUUCUGCAAGCAGACCCUGACAGCAUUUUUCCCAGUGUUCGACAGACCCUACACAGUACUCAUUAAAAAUGAGGAAGAUGCCGCCAGUGAGGGUGUAAUUAACAUCUUCACUGACGGAUCAAAAAGGAAAGAAAGUACAGGAUGUGGCAUCUAUUUUAGAUCUCUACAUAUCCGAUAUCAGUGGGCUAUGAAUGGACGUGCCACCGUGAUACAAGCGGAACUGGCAGGUAUAACCAUAGCUACUAAAGAAAUUGCCCGUAGGCAGAUAAUGGGCAAAAGUAUUAGAAUCUACACAGAUAGUAGACAAUCAAUACUGAUCUUGCAUAGUAGAAACAUAAUGUCCAGAUCGGUCUGGGAAUGCCACCAAACGCUGGUGGUGGCCUCAAAUACCAACAUCAUAUCUGUAUGCUGGGUCAAGGGACACGACCGGUGCAAUGGCAAUAAAAAAACUGACAAGCUAGCGAGGAGGAAAUCGGAUCUUACUAUAUUUGGACACGGUCCCUCCAGUGUGCUCUCGUUGUCAACACUUUUUGAAAUGAUUAAGGAAAACACCCACAAAGAGUUUAGAACACGAUGGGAUGAAAUAAACAGCUUACGAUUUGCUAAAGAGUUCUUAGGAUACCUAGCAGACACAGCCAAAAAAUACCUGGCUAUGGUCAGGGUAAGCCUUCCUGGUGAAGCGUAUUCAGACCGGACACUGUUGGCUAAGGAAAGAAGUAGUGAACAGGAAGACGCGACAGUUUUCCAUGUACUCUCCGAGUGCACUGGUGGCUCAUCAACGAGAGAAUCCGUGCUAGGGUGGCCUUCUAUGGCCUCCAUCAGAGAGAUCCCACCGAGCAACGUCAUCACCUUUUUCUCCUUGGUUGGUUGA